UUUAAAUUAGAGAUCACUAAUAUCUUUGUUUAAAAUUGAAAAAAUAUCCUGUUUUCGUACAGAGACCAUCUUAAAUAUGUUGCGCUGAAACUACAAUCAUGCUACAAUGCAAACACUUUUGCCGUUGCCAUGGUUACGACUUGUCGUCCCUGUUUUCCUUUACUUUCGCCAUUUCUCGUUCAUCCUAACAUAUGGUAAUGCAAUUAAAAUCUAAUUAUUGAAGUUUGUCCCCAUUUUUGUUCUUCAAAGAUAUUCAAGCUGACUGAGCAAUGAUUCAGAAAGUGGGGAAGUGUUCUGAUUCAGCCCAAAAUGUAAAUGUGAUUCAGUUGAAUGCCUUUUGUGAGUUAAUCAACAGUGAAAGUUGAUGAAAGAAAGCAAGACUAUUUAUUUUCAGGUUUUGUGGUUUCAUACUAACAGUUGGAUUCUAGCAGAAGCAGAGGCAAGAUGCAUUGCAAAAAAGAGGAAAGUCCUUCCUCUAGGUCAACUAGUUCUUUGCAGCAGGAUAUCAGCGACUACUUCCCUACUUCCAUCAAACUGUCUUCUUAUGUUGAGGCAUUGCGACCAUGGUCUUUCAGUGCUUCUUUAAUGCCUGUGCUUUUGGGCUGUGCUAUAGCUCAUAAAGCUACCGGUGAAUUCAGUCCUAUUGUGCUUAUCCUUACUGCUCUGUGUGCACUUUCAGUUCAUGCAGCUGGUAACCUUGUCAACACAUAUUUUGACUUCAUAAAAGGCAUUGAUAACAAACAGAAAAGUGAUGAUCGUACACUAGUUGAUCAGCUCUUGUCAAAAGAUGAAGUGGCCACCCUGGGGGCUGUUUUGUAUGGGUUAGGCUGUGUGGGAUUCAUUGCGCUCGUUUUCCUUUCUCCUGCUCGGAUGGAACAUUUGGCGUUGGUUUACUUUGGAGGACUUUCCAGCUCUUUCCUCUAUACGGGUGGAAUUGGAUUCAAGUAUAUUGCACUCGGAGACGUCAUGAUACUCAUCAUUUUUGGGCCUAUCACAUUACUAUUCUCUUAUUUGGCCCAGUCGGGUCAAACGGAAUGGGCCACUAUUUGGUAUGCCAUACCACUGGCACUCAACACGGAGGCAAUCCUCCAUAGCAAUAACACAAGAGACAUGAAUACAGAUCGACGAGCCGGCAUCGUGACCCUAGCCAUUCUGAUUGGCACUCCUGCGUCCAUCGUUCUGUUUGCCUGUCUUCUGUUUUUGCCUUACAUGGUCUUCGUGGUGCUCGCACUUCACUACUCCAAGUGGCUGCUGUUGCCUCUUAUCACUUUGCCUUCUGCCUUCCGGUUGGAGAAAGAAUUCCGCAGUGAAGACAUGCGACAUAUACCUAAAAAAACAGCCAAACUCAAUUUCUUCUUCGCGCUUCUAUACGUUUUGGCAAUCGGACUAUGCCCAAGCUCCGAAUUACCUUUGUUCUCGCACUAGAAAUGGAUUCUUGUUCAAUCAUAGAAACAGAUAAUACAACUAAUUCAAGAUGUAA